UUUCAAAUGUGUUGUUAUGAAAAUAAAAAGUGGGGCCUGCUUAAUUCUGCCAUGAUCUGCCUGUUGAAUGCUCGUUUUAGAAGGGGUUCGUUGCUGUUCUACAUUAAAAAUUCUUUGUAAGUGUAUGUGGAGAAAAUAAAAGCAGAGAAAAUCUAUGUCUUGAGUUUGAUAUUUGAGACAUCAGUCAGCCAGCGUGGCUGGCUAGCUUGCCGGCCGGUCUGCCGCUUGUAUAAAUAUGAUGGAGUUGUAAACACAACUCCUUAGUUGUUAAACAAAAGCCAAACUCGUACCACCUCAGUCAAACCAAAACAAAACUGCAUUGUGAAAAGUUUUAAAUCUUCCGUCAAGGAAAAGUCAAGAAAGUUCUAUAAUUUUUUUUAAAUGUGCCAACCACAAAUUGUCAUAUUUAAUGGAUACCUUAAUCAUCUGGAAAAUUAUCGCAUAAAAUUUUCCCAAUUAUUUUUUGAAAUAUCCUAGGAGGAAAACCAACCUCCUCCCCCUAGAGUGAGAGACUCUUGGAACUCUUUGCAUGUGAGAGAUGAUGCAAUAAUGGAAAUUUAUUGCCAGUUUUGGUGAAGAAAUUUUUUGAAAAAGAAAAUUUCCACCCAUUGGAAUGAGAAUUUUCCGGCAAAUCAAAUUGAAACCUGCAAGCAAACGGUUGCACUUGGCCAACAGCAGCAGCUAGAAACAUAGAAAAUAAGAACGCUUCAACAAAUUGAAUUUACUUAACAAUUUGUGAAUUGAAAAAAAAAAAUAGAAAAAAAUCAAUCACAACAAAUACCUAAUAAUUUGUUGUCUGUGUCAGAAGAGACUGGUGGCUGUUUUUCCGUCGUCUUCGUCGUGUAUCCUUACUUUUUUUCCUGUGUCGUCUGCAAAUUUCGCCCAAGAAUCGUUCAAAAUGUCGCGUUUAAGUAUUUCGUUUAGUAGUAAUUUAUAUUUUAAUUUAAAGACUAAAAAGUUUAUGUGAUAUUAGUUGAAAGACGGACCGACAGACAGACACUAAAAAAGCUAUCACCAUCGCCAUUGUCACAAAAGUCGUUUGGAUAUUCUUUUCCUGUGUCGCUGCUUAAACGAAAGUUUCCUGGAAGUGAACAGAGGAACUUUUUUUUUAAAUUUGGGGAUCAUCGUCAUCAUCGUCGUCGAAAGGAGAAAAAAUCGUUUCCCCGUUUUUUAAGAGCAAGGCAGAGCAUUUGUCAUCAUCAUUCAGGAGAGAUUAUCUUGGACUGGAGAAAAAGAGAGAAGUGAUUAUCACCAGAGCACACCCAACUCUCUAACACAAAAACAAAACCGAAGAAAAGAGAACACCCCUCCCUCUCUCUACAUUUUCGUAUCUUUGGUUCAAAAACAAAAACGAAUCCGAAAGACCGCCACAACAUCAACAAGAGCCCAAUUUCAAUUUCGACCAAUUGUUACUGCCUAAUGGCAAGUAGUUCGUUCAAUAAGACGAGACACAGGCGCAGACUGGCUGCGAUCUCGUUUCUAUCGAAUAUUUCAUUAGAUGGCACACAUCGGGAUACAAAAUUCGCAACAAUUGGCAUCUGUGGCACAGGUACAGGUGCAAGCCAUAACGCAACGUCGGCAAGAUUACGUGGUCCAGGGACAGGAGGAGGAGUUGUUGUUGUUGGUAGUGGUAGUGCUGGUGGUGGAGGAGGAGCAAAACACGAACGUAACUAUCUCGGCGAAAGAGACGAAAAUAUUCUGUAUAUUAGCCCAGGAGUGGUGGGUGGAAAGUGCGAAGAGCAACAAGGCCGUGGUGAUCCGAACAGAGUGGUGGCGGCCGCAACGACUGGAGGCAUUUGUGACAGUAUUAAUGAUGGCAGCAGCAGCAGCGACUACGGCAACAAUUACAAUUCUGUGGGAGUGGAACUCUUUGGUCCCCAAUACACCAACAAUGGUGGCGGAGGUGCCAACAGCACCGCAAAUGGUGGCAUCAACAACAAUGGCGGCCAACAAAAUUUCUAUGGCAAACCCUUCUAUCAUCAGCAACAUUCUCAGCAGCAUCAGCAGCGCAAUGGCAGUAUUAGCAGCGGCAUUGGAAAAACCCAGAUCCUCCUGGCCUGCGCCCCUCUCGAUGAAAACCACAUGGACAUUGGCUCCGCAGGUGGUGGCGGUGGCUGUGGCAGCGGCAGUCUGGUUGGCAGCGAUGAUGCCGGUAGUGCAGAUGGUGAUGGGCAUUUUAGUGAAACUGAAAAUAUGGGUUACAACUUGAUAAAUGCUGCCCCGGUACCAAACGCUAAAAGCGAUGGAGGUCACAAAGCAAUGGAUAAAAUGUCUGCAGCAGCAGCAGCAGCGGCAGCGGCAGCAACUCCUCCUGUCCCACACCAGGAGAAACGCAAUGCUAAACGACCCAACUCUGGUCGUCAACAGGGCAAUGGCAAUCUUAAAUGUAAUGGUAAACUCAAUCCAAGACAACAACCUCAACACCAACAGCAGCAGCAGCAGUAUCACCAUCAAUAUCAUCAUGCGGGCGGCAGUGGUGGUUCCGGUGCCGAAAGCGGCAGUGAUUCGGAUAGCGUCAAGAUACCAAUGAAGGUGUCGAGCAUGGGGGCUGGCAUUUUGAUGCCGUUGCGUGAAAGAACCUUUAGCAAUGGCGCUGCAGACAUCCAGCCAGAACGUCGUCAACGUCUCAAUACGGCCCCUGGUAUGCGUGCCAGCAAUUCGGGCAAUUCAGCAGCAUCCAUGACCUUUGGCGUAGUUGGUGGUGGCAAGAGGCCAUACAACACAAUUUUGGGUUCAACAAUAUCGCACAUUACCGAUGACAGCAGCACGGAAAGUUUGACACCCGGCUCAUUUAGUAAUCGUGGCAGUAUAACCAAAUCGGUGCAAAUCAAUGAUGCUAAGGAUUUGCGUUUAAUGGGCUCGCAGGCCCACAAACAGCAUCAGUACAAAGAUGAGAGAGUAGUUUUAGUUUCGCGUAAAGUACCGUUUUUCAUAUUUUCGGCAUUGCCCUACUACAAGGGUAAGAAUGGAAGGGCUGAAUUGCGCAAGGAGGGCAGACGCCGCAACACCUCGGCCUCCCGGCCAUUGUCGGCCAUCAAUGAUGCCCCCUUUGAUCCCUUCGAUUUGCUGGGCAUUGAGCGGGGUGAAAGUGGCCAGGACAUUUCCUAUGGCCAUCUCUUGAUACCCUCCCGUCAAUUCUCCAAGGAGGGCAAAAAACAUGGUGCCGGCACUGUAUCAUUGCUUGAGGGUCAAAUGGAAAUCACCGGCACGGCUGCAUUGAAAAAUCAUGGCAUUGCUAGGACUAAAUUAAUGACACGACAUGAAGGAAAAUGGUGUUUCACUUAUGACAACAAUAAUCGCAAUAAUACCGCCAGCCCAUCGCCAGAUGUGAAAAUUGAUUUUGAUGAAUCGUUGGAUGGCAGUCGAUGCUCACAACUCCAACAAUAUUCGGCCAAUAUUUUAGAUGAUCCCGAACUGAUUGCCGGCAAGCAUCGUACUCUGUUAACCUUUACCUCGUACAUGACAUCGGUGAUUGACUAUGUGCGACCAUCGGAUUUGAAAAAGGAGCUCAACGAUAAAUUCCGUGAGAAAUUCCCACACAUACAAUUGACCCUGAGCAAAUUGAGGAGCAUUAAACGUGAAAUGCGUCGCAUCAACAAAUUGGACAGUCGCAUCGAUUUGGUAACCAUAUCGCAGGCCUAUGUCUAUUUUGAGAAAUUAAUUUUGGCCAAUUUAAUCAAUAAAUCCAAUCGGAAAUUGUGUGCCGGAGCCUGUCUCUUGUUGAGUGCCAAGAUGAACGAUGUCAAGGGGGAUUUGUUGAAGAGUUUAAUUGAGAAAACCGAAAACGUUUUCCGUUUGAAUCGCAAAGAAUUGAUUUCCUCGGAAUUUGCCGUCCUUGUUGCUCUGGAAUUUAGUCUGCAUGUACCCAUGCACGAGAUCUUACCUCAUUAUCAGCGUUUACUCUACGAAUCCUAGAAUUGGCCUAAACGCUUUGCCGACAAGCGUUUCCUAACGGCAGCUGCAAAUACAUCGCGCCAUUAUUUUCGUCGUUGUGCCAGUAGCAAGAAAUAGAGUUGGAUUUUUGUUUAUAACAAAUGUCAAGGAUUUUCUUAUAAGAAUGUAGUUUUUAUUUCUUUUUUAUAUUAGCAACAACGAUUAUCAAGCGAGGUGUAGGUGUAUUUUUUUUUUAUAAAAAAGUAACAAAAUCUUAACUAGAAGUUAACGCAUUCGUAUGGGUAUUUUGAUAUGAAGAAAAAUAAUGAUUUUCUAAGGAAUUUUUUUAUAUAAAUAUAAAGACAAACCACAAUGAAAA